CUCUAUAUAUAACUCUACUUUUCAUAUAACUCAAUUGAUUCGAUUUUCUUUUGUACUUAAUUAUUCUGUUUUUACGAAUAUAUAUAAAUACCCUCACAAGCUUCUCGUCUCUUCCAUCGAUCUAAACCACAAUUUUGUUUGACCUUCUUGUUUCUUUUUCUCUUUCCAUUCUUCUUUCUUCAAUUUUGCUGAAUUAAUCUCUUAGAGAAAUGUUUUUUAUUUUUAUUUUAGAGAUAUCAUUACAAGUUUAAUUUCCCUAUAGUGUGUCUUUACCUUUUGACUUGCCUACCUCUCGAGACAAAAAGAGAACGACAAACACUUUCUGUCUUUCUUUUCUCUCUCCCUUUUCAUAUUUUUAGAGUUUAUUUUCCACUAAAUUUGUAGCUAAUUAUGGCCUUAGAGGCUGUUGUUUACCCGCAAGAUCCUUUGUCCUACAGCUCCUCCAAUGAUUUUCCGUUUCGCGAUUUAUACUUUCAACAAGGAGAAGAUCAAGAUCCACCAGACACCAAGAAUAACAUUAAGCUAGGGCAAGAAAAAAGACAAGGGUUUGCGAGUAUUAAUUACAACCGUAAAGGCGGAGAUAACAGUGAUGAUUAUAGUUACAACGAUCAGGCGGAUCUUCAGUGGCCACGAGACGAGCUUCCUUAUGGAUCUAUUGUCAACACCAAGAACCAUCCUCCGGCCUUGGAUGUGGCCACUGGAGGAGAGAGGAAGAAGAGGAGGAGGACUCGGAGUAGCAAGAACAAGGAAGAGAUCGAGAACCAGAGGAUGACUCACAUCGCCGUCGAGAGAAAUCGCCGGAAACAAAUGAACGAGUACCUCGCCGUCCUCCGUUCUCUCAUGCCACCUUCUUAUUCUCAAAGGGGAGAUCAAGCGUCAAUAGUAGGCGGAGCCAUUAACUACUUAAAGGAGCUUGAACAUCAAUUACAAUCGAUGGAGCCUCCCGUAAAGACCACCGCCACAGAAGACGCUGGAGCCGCCGCCGGCGACAAGAACAACACAAUCGCCGCUAGCUCAUCCGGACCGUUCUCAGAUUUUUUUGCGUUUCCUCAAUUCUCGAGCCGGCCUUCGUCGUCAUCUGUGGCUGAGGGGACGGCGGAGAUAGAGGUUACGAUGGUGGAGAGCCAUGCAAGUGUGAAGAUACUUGCUAAGAAGAGACCAAAACAGCUUCUUAAACUGGUGGCAUCGAUACAGAGCCUACGGCUCACACUUCUUCAUCUCAAUGUCACCACUCAUGACUGCUCCGUCCUCUAUUCCAUCAGCCUAAAGGUAAAAUUUUCUUACUUCUUGGAAUUUUGUUUUGCUUUUGUUUUCAAUAUAUUUAGCUUCAUAACGGAAUUAGAGUUGGUGACAUAUAUAAUACCGUAUAUAGUGUUUUAUAUUGUGUUGCAAAUCCUAAUUAAAGUGGUUUAGUGAAUCACUAAUAUAAUCACUGUUCUGAUUGCUAGUUUUGGAUCAGUUUACAUAGAUUCUUUUCUCAUCACAGAAGUUUUAUUAAUUUGUGUCUUUUUGUCGCACAUUUAAUUAAUUUGUCCCUUAUUCGUACGUCUUGAGAUUUUAAUGUCUGGGCCAAAAAGGUUUUGUAGAACAAUAAUGAAAUCGUCGUUUUUUACUUGGUUAGUGCCGGCCUCAAUUAUUGAGGGGUAAAAAUAAUCAUUUCUUAUUUAUAUAUUAAAAAUAUACGAGUGUCAAAAUAAUGAUUCUUGUAAGAAUCAGGGACCAAAAAGAUGACAUAUGCCUAUGCUAUGCAUGUGUGUUAGAUAUGUGUACUGUGGAAGUUUUUGUGGUCAUAGAACUGUGGAUGCUCUGUGCACUGCAGAAACGAAAUGACGCCACUUGUUUCAGUACAUAUUCAUAAGCUUCUUCCUCCAAAUAUAUACAUUUUCUUUUAUUAUUGUUCGCCCUACUUUUUCUUACUGUAUCAACCCUUUUUAUAUAAUUUAUAUUUUUAAGUUUUCUUUGAUUUCU